GUAAAAACCAAGUGUAUCAUUCAGUCUAUUAGUAUCCAUGUCUCUUUACUCCUCCUUUUCCCCUUAAGGUUUUGCUAAUGCAUCUUUUGCGUGUUGAAAAUCUUUUCCUUGUUUACAUUAUAGGAAAAAGUGAGAGCUUAGAAUACAUAUAAAAAGACAGGCCCAUUUUUGUUUUCUUCCCUUCAAAUCAACUUUUCAUAACACAUUUUCUCAAAUGCGAUCCUCUUUCAUCACUCUUACUUUUGCAGUUGCUUGCUUACUCGGUUCUUCCUUGGCAUCUCCCAUUUAUGUCGAACGUGAUACUGGUCUCGGUGGGGCUCUUGGUAACGUUGGUGGUACUGUUGGAGAUAUUGCUGGUAACGGUGUGCUCGGUGAUGACUCAUUGGUUGGUGGCAAUGAUGUCCAAGAUACAGUUGGCGGCGCUACAGAAGCUACUAGUGACGUUCAUGAUCCCUUAUCCAAGAGAUUUUCUCCACCCAAUGCCAAAAUUCUUGCUAAACUUUUAAAGGAUCCUAAGAUCCUUGCGGCUCUCCGUUCCAAAGCUGCUUCCGCUGCUCCAGGUGCUAUCAAGAGAGACCUUCCCAUUGGUGCCGUUACAGGUCUUACCGAAGAUCCACCUGUAGGCGAUCUUACUGGAAUUUUAGGUGGAUCCUCCGCUUCAGCUGAUGGUCCUGCCAGUACAUCCGAUGCUUCCACCAAUGUUGGUCCUUCUGUUGAAGAUGGUCAAGCAAUCCGCAAGAGAGGUCCUACAGACAGCCUUGACACUAGCAACUUAACCGGUGCAGCCACUGACCUUACAAGUGUCGCAUUGGGCGACCUUCCUUCUCCUGAUGGCUUACCCUUUUCUGCAGAUGCUCUUGACGGAAUCUCUCCUGAAGUCGCUGCCGCUCUUGCUUCUGCUGCUGAUGCUGGUAAGAAUAGUUUACCUUCACUUCCUUUGGGUGAAUCCGAAGGCAAAUCAGACGCUGCCACUGGCACUGCUCCUGAUGCACCCGUUGACGCUGCAAAGCCCGCCAGCAAGUAAUAUUGAGAAUUUAAAAGUGAAUCAAUACUUAUACAAUAUACUUUUUAAUCAAAAAAUUUACUUUUAAAAUAAAAUAAACUGUAAUCUUUGAAAUAUUUACUGCUUUUCUCAAGAGAAUAAUAAUAG